CGCAUGCGCGGUAACGGCGCAGCUGGCGCCCUCUAUGGGCGCUUUGGUUUUGGUUGGAAAACACGAGCCGGGCCGGCCGUCACUCGUGCAUCUCUGUGCGGUCACUGAACUAAGUCGCCUCGCUUUAGCAGCGUACAGAAAUGCCAGCGCACUGUGUGGCCUACGGCUGCACGAAUUAUUUUACUCAGAAAGGAAGCACGCAUUUCUACAGGUUCCCGUUCGCGAGGCUACGUGCUGAAAAGAGAGAUGCUUGGGUAGCUGCUGUGAGGAGACAGAAUGCCGACGGUUCGCCGUGGGCGCCCAACAAACAUUCUGGGAUCUGCAGCGCGCAUUUCGUAACAGGACGGCCGUCAAAGUUCAAGAACCAUCCUGACUUCGUCCCCAGUGUGUUCACCUAUGUGAGAAGUCGCGGCGAUGCUGCUGUGCGUCGCCAUAGCCGAUGGUGGAAGCGACAGAAAGGGGAGCUUGAUACGACAGCCACUUCUGCUACUCCUAAUGACACGCCAGAGUUGCAGGAUCCUCCCAAUGAGAAUCUCAACAUGGACACUAGUGCUGCACAGGAUGGUGUACUAGAUGAGAAUUCAGUGGACCUGCGACAACUGGAAAAUGAGAAUCCUGACGAAGGCUUGGAUGCUACAAAGGAUGAUGUACCUGAUCAGGACUCGAUGGAGCUGCAGCAACCCGGAAAUGGUAUAAAGGAACACAUCUGGCCAGAUUGCCGCUGUCAAGCCUGUGCUUCUAAGAAGAUUGAAAUCCUGGAGCAAGAAAUAGAAAAUUCGCAGAAGUUUAUCCUCCAGUUGCAGAAACAAAAUGCAAAGCUAGAGGUGCAGCUAGAUGCAGCCAUGUCAAGGUGUCUCACCCUGACUACUCUAGCCACUCCAAAGGACUGCAUGUACUACACUGGAUUGCCGAAUGUUGAAGUGUUCAAUAUUUUGCUUGAAUACUUUGCACCACGCGGUAGAGAAUUGUUGUACUGA